AUGCUGCGACGGCCUCCCGGCCAUGUCGCUCCCCCGCGUCCGCGCCAGCGUAACAAAUAUUUGCUGGCGCUCGCUUUGAUUCUCCUCCCAUGGCUGCCCCUCGCCGAUGCUCAGCAGCAGCACCCGCCAGCCGGCCGGCCGCCCUCCCCGCUUCGAGAUCCCGGCACCCCCGCCGCAUACCAUGUGCGCUCCCCGUCUCCCCCCGAGGACGACCAGCAUGCGGCCCCCAACCUCGCCGCCACCACUGUGACCGCUGAUGGCACUGCGGCUGUUCAUGCCCGCAGGACGUCAGUGUCGGGAUACGUUGACGACGAGAUCGCCCGCAGCCAUCUGCGGGCUCUAGCUUCUCGCUCCACCUACAACAUUCCUGACGAUGUGCGCGCCCACGCUUUGGCUCCGGACUUGUCCGUUCGAGCACCACCUCCAUCUCAUUACCGAGGCUCUUCCGUUCCUGGAGGGGCUGGCCUCUCGCAGCAUCUUGCGCGGAGCCUGGAGGACUGGGAAGUGGAAGACUUUGUUCUUCUGGCGACCGUCGACGGAGACCUCAUUGCCAGUGACCGCAAGACCGGUCAGGAGCGCUGGCACUUUAAGGCCGACCAGCCUCUGGUCGAGACCAGACAUUUCAGAACCAACCGCUCUGUCCUCGACGAGGACUUCGACCCUAUUGAUCACUAUAUCUGGGUCGUUGAGCCUACGAGAGACGGCGAAUUGUACUUAUGGCGCCCGCAUGAGAACGGCGCCGGCCUGGCUAAAAUGGCCUGGACCAUGAAAAAGGUAGUCGAAGAGUUGUCUCCGUAUGACGACAAGAUAAAUGGCGUCGUGUAUACAGGGGACAAACGAACCACCAUGAUUACCUUGAAUGCUCUUACCGGCACAGUGAUCAAAGAGUUCGGCUCUACUGGAAGCUAUGUCAACAAAGUUGAGUCUGAGAGCUGCUUCAAGCCUAAUGCCCUCGCCGACCGCGAGGAAGAGUGCAGCGAUGAUCCUACCAUCACCCUCGGGCGCACUGAGUACAGUGUCAUCAUCCAUCGGGCUGAUGGCAGCCCGAUCGCGUCUCUCAAGUACUCCGAGUGGGGUCCUAACACACAGGAUAACGAUCUUCUGCAACAGAAUAUCAUCUCUAAAGAUAGCCGCUAUAUCACCGGUCAGCACGACGGCAAGGUAUACGGUUUUGAUUAUGGGCGCUUCAGCGAGGAGCGCCCUCUCUUCACGAAGACUCUUUCGUCUCCUGUCGCCCGUGUCUUCGACGUGCUACGACGCAUCGGCGAUCCUCCGGGCGGUAAUCCGGAGCUGAUUGUUCUUCCCCAGCCACCGCUGCCAGUCACCGACGAGGAAAACCUUCGUCUCCGCAGCGAAAAGGUGUUUAUCAACCAGACUGAGCAAGGAGGAUGGUACGCUCUGUCAGCCCUUCGAUACCCGCUGAUCAUGUCUGCUCCCGCUGCUGCGAUUCACCGGCUUGACUGGUGGAAGAUUAAAGGCGCAUGGGAUCUCCUGAGCGACCAGCAAAAGUCUAGCGUCCUUGUCGGGACGCACAAUUUACCCAGCGCAAUUGGCACGGUUGAGCGUCCCGAGUCCCAACGCUUGCUGUUGGACGCACCCCGGGAGACUGAUAAGCCCGUUGCCGUUGAACCCAAGCUCCCCCUCGAACCAGAGCUUCCACCUUUGCUUCCGCCGCCGCAGCCAGAGCCAAGCAGGAUCUUUGAAACUGCUAAGAGGAUCCCCGAAAUUGCCGCGAUCAAGGUCAUCGACCUGAUUAGCAAUCCAGCCGCCAUUGUUCUCUUCUUUGUUAGUCUUUGGCUUGUUUACAAGGACCGUAUUCUCUCCUGGAAGCAUCAGCAAUGGGAUAAGAGAGUUAGUGCUCUGGUGUCGAAGAUCCAGGUUACCCCUACUGUCUCUGAGCCAGCACUCGUACAACCUCAGUCUGCCCAUUCGGACGCUGCUCAAGCCUCUUCUCAACAGGAGAUUGCCAUUGUCCCUGAGGCUGGCGAAACCAAGGCUGAGUCGCCUUUUGCUUCAGCCCCAGCGGCUACUCAACCAACUACCAUCGAACUACCUCAGGAGCCAGAGAAGACUGCCCAACCCCCAAGCCAGGAUUCAGGUACUCCCGAUUCUGCAGUGUCCCGCACAAGUCCUUCGACUGAAUCAGCUCAACCAGCCGCCGAGGGGGCUGAUGGUGCAGCGUCUGCAGAACCUGUUAAGAAGAAGAAGGCUCAUAGGGGUCGGCGAGCUGGUGUCAAACACCGCAAGGGACCCAAGAAGAAUGCAGCCAACAAUGACGCUGCCCAGGCCGACCCUACCCAGCAGGCAGUUGAAGAAGUUGUCAACAAAGCCAAAUCGCUGGUUCGCGAGCCGAAGCUUGAACCAGAUAUCAUCACUGCCGGGGCAGGCGACGAAGUGUCGGGCCACAUCCUCAAGAUGGGUCUCCUGGAGGUCAACGAAGCCGAACCUCUUGGUACUGGCAGCAACGGUACCAUUGUCUUUGCCGGCAAGUGGGACGGCCGUGACGUUGCCGUCAAGCGUAUGCUGGUACAAUUCAAUGAAAUUGCUAGUCAGGAGACAAGACUGUUGCGCGAGAGCGAUGACCACCCGAAUGUUAUCCGCUACUACGCCCAGCAAGAGCGCGCCGACUUCCUUUACAUAGCCCUUGAGCUCUGCGAAGCAUCUCUCGCCGACAUUGUCCAGCGCCCACACUGCUACCGAGAAUUAGCCCAGGCUGGUGAGCGUGAUAUGCCUGGUGUUCUGUGGCAGAUUGCCAAUGGUCUUGCCCAUCUGCACAGCCUGCGCAUUGUUCAUCGUGAUCUGAAGCCUCAGAACAUUCUGGUCAAUAUGGGCAAAGAUGGCAAGCCGCGCAUUCUCGUAUCGGAUUUCGGUCUCUGUAAGAAGCUGGAAGGUGGCCAGUCAUCAUUCGGUGCCACUACCGCUCAUGCUGCAGGUACCAGUGGGUGGCGAGCGCCAGAGCUGCUCAUCGAUGAUGACGUCCCCGGAUCCAGUGCCCUGGCGCUUACUGAUCCCGGCUCCAGUCUACACAGCGCUUCAGGGUCCGGACAUCCUGAAAACCCAGUGAUUUCUCACCAUCGCCGCGUAACUCGUGCCAUCGACAUCUUUUCGCUGGGCUUGGUAUACUUUUAUGUCCUUACCCGCGGCAAUCAUCCCUUCGACUGUGGCGACCGGUUCAUGCGUGAGGUCAACAUCCGCAAGGGCAACUACAACCUGUCUGCGCUCGACGCUCUCGGUGAUUUCGCGUACGAGGCUCGCGACCUUAUCAGCAGCAUGCUCAACGCCAACCCUAAGCUGCGCCCUACCGCUCGCGAUGUCAUGGCUCAUCCCUUCUUCUGGACAUACAAGAAGCGUCUCUCCUUUUUGUGUGAUGUGUCGGAUCACUUUGAGAAAGAACCUCGCGAUCCGCCGUCGCCAGCUCUUCAAGAGUUGGAGAGUCAUGCGCCCGACGUCGUUCGCGGAGACUUCCUGAAGCACCUGCCCCGUGAGUUUGUCGAGUCUCUCGGCAAGCAGCGCAAAUACACUGGGUCUAGGCUUCUUGACUUGCUUCGGGCAUUGAGGAAUAAGCGAAACCAUUAUGAAGAUAUGUCUGACUCUCUCAAGAAGAUGGUUGGGAGGUUGCCAGACGGGUAUCUUCGUUUCUGGGCAACCCGGUUUCCAAACUUGCUCAUUGUGUGCUGGAAUGUGGUGUACGACCUGCAUUGGGAUGACACAGAUCGGUUCAGGGAUUACUAUCAGCCUGCUCCUCCGAUUUAG